GGUAAUCAAAAGGUGUGGCACCAUUUUGUCGCUUUUCACCAUUUCGGCAUUUUCAGUGGGAGUGCUCAAGUGUCAACUACUCGGAAUCGCACCAGCAGGUGAUUGUUACAAUGUCGGUGCUGGGCUUGUUGAGCAAUUUCGCCACGCAUUUCAAAGUGAAACAUUUGAAAGAGAAGCCGGUGGUGGACAACGCCGUUUUCCGGCUUCACUAUCGUUUCACGGCCGUCUUCUUCCUGGCGGCCAGCGUUCUCAUCACGGCCGUCAAUUUCUUCGGCAAGCCCAUCGUCUGCACGGCGGACACGUUCCCCAGGCCGGACAUGCUCGACACGUACUGCUGGAUCCAGAAGACGUUCACCUAUCCGAUAGCGGCCAAUAACCAAUCGGAUCCGGGCGUGGGGCCGGACUGGAAGACGAUCGACAAGCGGACCCACAGCUACUACCAGUGGGUCCCGUUUGUCCUCUUCUUCCAGGGACUCUUGUUUUACUUUCCCCACUGGAUGUGGAAGAAUCAGGAAGGCGGUCUGAUCGGGCGGCUGACGGAAGGCGGACGGCGCGGAUGCACUUUGCAGAGCGGAAAAGAUGAGCCUGGGAGACGUCCUCUCCUGUCUGAUUACCUCAACCAGACGAUGGGAACUCGCGGCUAUCUGGGCGUGGCUCACGCCACCUGUGAGCUGUUGAACCUGGUCAACGCCAUGGGCAACAUCUACCUGAUCGAUUUGUUCCUGGGCGGAUCCUUCUUCGAUUACGGCUGGCAAGUUUUGACGUUUACGGAAAAGGACCAGCUGUUUCGACACGACCCGAUGAUCCGAAUCUUCCCACGGGUCACCAAAUGCAAAUUCGACCGGUACGGGCCGUCGGGGACCCAGGAAAUUCACGACGCCCUCUGCAUCCUGCCGCUCAACGUCCUCAACGAGAAGAUUUACAUCUUCGCCUGGUUCUGGCUCGUCUUCCUCUCGAUGGCUUCCGUUUCGGCCCUGAUCUACCGGUCCCUGGUCGUCAUUUCCACCCGGGUCCGCUUGGCCGUUUUCAAGCGGAUCGGGACGACCACCUGCGACCCGGAGUCUGUGGCCAUCCUCAGCCGGCGUCUACCUUAUUCCGAUUGUUAUUUGCUCUUGAUGCUGGGCAAGAACCUUGACGGAGUGGCGUUUCGUGAUUUGCUGGACGAUUUGGCCCAUCACCUCGAUCACUCCCAUCUCGACUGUUAAAAAUGUGUUUGUUUGUUUGUUGUUGUUUAGUUUUCCUUUAAUAAUAGACGGCGGGACCCACUA